AUGAAGCGGAGGGCCGCGACAGGAGGCGGGGGGUCACGACAUGAAGGGGGGGUCACGACAGGAAGCUGGGGAGAGGGAGAGAUGAAGCGGGGUUGGAGGAGGCCGAAGCCCCGGCCCCUGCUGCCCGCCCUGUCGUCCCGAGCUCGCGGCCCCUCCGCCGUCCUCCUGUCAUUUCAUUUGAUGACCCACGAAGGGACCAAUUACCUUUCAGAGAGGCUGGGCUUUGGACUUGAUGCCUGCGAGUCGUCAGAGAAAAUUCUGCUCCGUGAUAUCCAGGCCCUGACCCUCCACCGAGACCGCUUCACCACUGCCCGGAGGACGGCACCCAUCCCUCAGCUGCAGUGCCUCGGGGGUUCUGCCGGCUGCCCUGCUCACAUCCCAGAAAUCGUGCAGUGUCGCAACAAGGGCUGGGAUGGCUUUGAUGUGCAGUGGGAGUGCAAAGCUGAACUGGACACCUCGUACCGAUUCGGCAAGACCGCGGUCAGCUGCGAAGGCUACGAUUACCCGGACGACCCCUACGUGCUCCGGGGCUCCUGCGGCUUAGAAUUCAACCUGGAGCUGACCGAGCAAGGCCGCAAGAAAUACAAAGAUGCCGGCAGCAACGCCAACAGCCACGGCAACACCUACGGCUCCAAUUACUUCCCCGGGUACGUUGAGAAGAUGGAUUCCCCCGUGCCCUCCAGCACCAGAGGCCUGUUGGCCGUCGUCAUCCUGCUAGUGCUGGCCUUGGGUGUUUAUAAGCUUUUCCUGAAAGCCCAGAAUGAGGAUCUCCCCCCGCCCUACACUGAGCAUCCCCAGGACCACCAGAGGUUCUUCCAGGCGUCCCCACCCCCGCCUCCUCCUCCCCCAGGCUUCAAGUCCUAUUUCACAGCAUCAAGCACACCCGGAUGGGGCUUUGGCAAUUCUUUCACGGGUCCCCAAGCGUUUGGCCACUCUGGCCCAGGAUUCUGGACUGGAUUGGGGACUGGUGGCCUUUUAGGCUAUUUGUUCGGGAACAACAGGGCCACGCCCCUGUCGAACACUUGGACUCAUCCUGCGUAUCCUCCCCCGUACUUCAACACCUGGAACAAUCCGGUGCCCCCAUCCGCUGCCGCUAAUUCCCGGAGCUCUUCCUCGGGCUCGAACACGGGGACUAGGACCACGUCAGGGUUUGCCACCACCAAAAGACGUUAAGAAGACGAGGCGGAUGAAUAAAACCUUCAGAUGCAAAUUUCUUAUUUUGGGGUCAUUUUCUCUUUAAAAAGCUAUGUACUAAGAACUGUGGGAAGAAAACCUCUUUGAACAUUUAGAGGUGGAUGAUUGCUUGUAACACUUUUUGGCAUCAGUUCUGUAAUAUAGCUAAGAGUUGGUGGGCUGAAUACAUGGGCUUGUCUUUAGGGAGGUUUGCUGCCUUAGGCAAGUAGUUUUGGCAGCUUCAGAGGAUGCACACUGCCCAGCCCCUUGAACGUCUGCCCUCCCUCUGCCUCUCUUUCUGUUCUGCAUCCCGCAGCCGAGGUGGCCACCAAGCCCCGGGGGAGAAGUUCUUCUCCAGUUUGGUUUUCAUUUUGAGGGACUGCUCUAAAUAGUAGAUGGAAAAUGGAUCCCAACACCCCUUCUUUCAUAUAUACAGUUUUACUCCUUCGCCCUGUAGGGUUUGCUGAUAGGGGUAGGUUUUUCAAGCACUUCCCAAGCUUGUAGCUAACUAAUUGGAUUGGGUUUGUCUGUAGAAAGUGAAGCUUCUGGGCAUGGCAGGGAAUGGAUGUCAAUGUGGGGAGACUGGGGCAACAAGGGAUGUCUUUUAGAAGCUGAAGGAGUGAACUUUUUAGGGGAGCCCAGACUUGCUGGUAAAUGGCCCGAGCCAUUUGAAAGGAUGAAGCCCCUCAACUGGGGGAAGUGUGGUACCCCAUUUAAGCCAUCAAGAAGUGAUUUAGGAUUCCAAUUUUUUUUCCUAGAGAGUCUCUUUGACUUUUUUAACCCAAGUCUUGCCUUCUUCAGCUGUUUGUUCCCUAUCAUUUUGUCAAGACUUAGUUUCUCAGGUCCCAGGCUUGGGGCUAAAGGUUCUGAUAAAGCUGGCUGUGAUUCCACAGCCUCUGAUAGUCCUUGUGCUGCUUGUCAUUCCUGGACUGGCCAAAGGGACAAAAGCAAAUAGUACAACUGCAUCAAACAGAAAGUACCUAUUUCUAUACUAUCAACAACUCAACUUCUAAAGAACCUUUCUCAUUUCUAAAAAGUGUGUUGGAGGUGGAGAGCUGGAUAGAUAGUUUAACUGGAAUCAUCUUGGCUUCACUGGCAGAAUUGAAAUUGAGAAGGGCCCUUGUUUUCUUGGUCAGAUGAGCUUGUUUAGUCCUGGCCCCUAUCUCCUUCCUGAGUAGUAGGGAAUGUGUAUUUUGUUUUCUUCUGUUGUUUUUAAACACUGGUGAUUUUGUUUAACUAGGCAGCUAUUUUUCAGGUGAGAAGAGUCAGGAGUUAAUUUGAGGUCCAUGGUGGAUUGGGUCUAGGGAUGGUUUGCCUCAGAAGGUUCAUGGUGAGUUAGGUCUAGGUACAGUUUGCCCCAGGAGGUCCAUGGUGGAUUGGGUGUAGGGAUGAUUUGUGUCAGGAAGUGUGGUGCGGAUUCCUCUCCUUGGAGGUCUUUAAGUAGAAUAGGGUUCUUUGCUUGUUGUAGGGUUUUACUAGGUGGCUGGGAUCCUGCUAAGUGUUGAGAUGCUGAGAUUCACGCAUCAGAUCCCCUGCCCUCAGAAGCCUAGUCCUACUAAAAUGACUGUCUAUGGCAUUGCUAAGGAAAUUUGAGGGUUCCAAUCAAUUUAUCCUACUCUGUAGGCAGGCAUUAUGCCUAGUGCCCUCCCUGAGCUUCCCUUCAGACAGGAAGCAGCUUGUACAUAGCUUAAAUGUAGCCGAUAAGAUGAGAUGACUAUGAAGUAGUGGGGGGAGGGCUGGGUUGGGGGGGGGAAGGGCACUGGCAGGGGGAGUGGCAAAGGCAAAGGGUGUCCAGGAAAGCUGGUAUGCCCAGAAGGGAGUGCCAGAGGGGGUGGGGAGGAAGUGCCAUUAGGCGCCACUGACCUGCCUCUCCGAGGCCAAGCUGAUUGCCCUGGUGUCAAGGGUGUUUCAGAUCGCUGAUUCCCUUCUAAAUACUUGUUGCUGUUGGUGCCCACAGCUGCUCGUGCUUGUUCUGUUCGUGUUGUGUUCUGUAAGACAUAUCUUUGCUCUUUUUCCCUUUCUUGAACUUCAAUAAAUUAAGCUUGGCCCCAA